GGAGGCGUGGCUUGUUUGGUCAAGAUGGCGAUGCGAGCGGGGCUGCUGCGCCUGCUGCGCCUGGGCCACCCCCGGGUGCCAACCCCCCGGCGGGGGCUCCUGGCAGGGGGAUCCCUUCGACAGCAGGAAGAAUUCACCUCUCUGGAAGAAAAGCCUCAGUUUCCGGGCGCCUCGGCUGAGUUUGUGGAAAAGCUCGAGUUCAUCCAGCCCAAUGUCAUCUCAGGGAUCCCCAUCUACCGGGUCAUGGACCGACAGGGGCAGAUCAUCAAUCCCAGCGAGGACCCCCAGCUUCCCAAGGAGCAAGUGCUGAAGUUCUAUCGGAGCAUGACCCUGCUCAAUACAAUGGACCGGAUCUUGUAUGAGUCCCAGAGGCAGGGCCGAAUCUCCUUCUACAUGACGAACUAUGGGGAAGAAGGCACGCACAUUGGCAGUGCAGGGGCCCUCGAUGACACUGACCUGGUGUUUGGCCAGUAUCGAGAAGCAGGCGUCCUGAUGCACAGGGGAUACCCCCUGGAUUUGUUCAUGGCUCAGUGCUAUGGGAACGCCAGCGACCCCGGGAAAGGCCGUCAGAUGCCUGUCCAUUACGGCUGCAAAGACCUGCACUUUGUCACCAUCUCGUCCCCGCUGGCUACGCAGAUCCCACAAGCCGUGGGUUCCGCCUACGCCAUCAAGAGGGAGAACACCAACCGGAUCGUGAUCUGCUACUUCGGGGAGGGCGCAGCCAGCGAGGGCGACGCCCACGCCGGCUUCAACUUCGCCGCCACCCUCGAGUGCCCCAUCAUCUUCUUCUGCCGCAACAACGGCUACGCCAUCUCCACUCCAACGUCGGAGCAGUAUCGAGGCGACGGGAUUGCCGCCCGGGGUCCAGGUUACGGCAUCCACUCGAUCCGGGUAGACGGCAAUGAUGUUUUUGCAGUGUACAAUGCUACCAAGGAAGCCCGGCGCCGUGCGGUCGCCGAGAACCAGCCAUUUCUCAUCGAGGCCAUGACCUACAGGAUCGGACACCACAGCACAAGCGAUGACAGCUCAGCCUACCGUUCGGUGGACGAGGUCAACUAUUGGGACAAGCAAGAUCACCCCAUCUCUCGGCUCCGUCACUAUAUGGUAGGCCGAGGAUGGUGGGAUGAGGAGCAAGAGAAAAUCUGGCGCAAGAAAUCCCGCAAGAGGGUGAGGGAAGCCUUUGAGGAGGAGUUUUAGAGUUUAAAUUGAAGCCCAGCCCUCACCACCUCUUCUCAGACGUUUACUGCGAAAUGCCCUGGCAUAUCCAGAAGCAGCAAGAAUCCCUGGAGCGUCACCUCAAGCAAUACGGUGAACAUUAUCCUUUGGGACAGUUUUGAUGAAGUGAGCCUCCCACCUCUGCUCCUGCAUCACUGAGUAACUGGGACCCAAGACAGGAGUCUGGGUCAAAAACUGGUACUUGAGUAGGAAACGACGACUCCAUCACAUCUGCGAAACCUUGUCCUCGUUCCUGGAGGAGGAGGAGAAUGUAGGAGGAAAAAAGCUAUUCAGCCCUGUUUGGAAUACUGAUGUCUGGGAUCUCUGCUGGGGGACAGAAACCUGGGAUUGGGGGUGAGUCUU